AUGAACGAUGUUACGUUUGAUGACUUGCUGCGGCGUGUUGUGCCUUUCAUUGCUCACAAAGGUACCCAUAGGUUUCCAAUAUCUGAAGCAGAGAGACUAUCAGUAACGUUGCGAAUUUUAGCAUCCGGGAAUUCCCAGCAAAGUGUAGCCGACAGCUACCGUAUCAGAAAGUCAACUAUCAGUGGCAUAUUAUAUGAAACAUGCGAGGCUCUAUGGACCGUCCUUAAAGACGACUUUGUGGCCGUACCCACACAGGAUGAUUGCAUCCGAAUUGUUGCAGAGAACUGGCAGAACUGGAACUUCCCCAUGUGCUUAGGUUCAAUAGAUGGGAAACAUGUUGCUAUCAAAGCUCCUCCUCGAUCCGGAAGUGAUUAUUUCAAUUACAAAAAGUAUCACUCCACCAUUCUAAUGGCGGUAGCAGAUAGUAAAUACAGAUUCAGAAUGGUUGAUAUUGGAGCUUAUGGAAGAGAAUCAGAUGGCGGAGUUUUCAGUCGAUCACAGUUUGGCAUCAAGAUGGAUAAUGACACAUUGGGCAUACCAGAGUCCGGUUGUCUCCCAGGAACUGAUAUCGAGGUCCCCUAUAUGUUUCUUGGAGAUGAAGCAUUCCCACUGAAGAAGAACCUGAUGAGGCCAUAUGCUGGUAAGUAUAACGGUUGCACAUUUUGCUACUGA